AUCGAGCGUUACUUGAAGCUGGUUGGCUGGCUGUCCACUGCCAGGCUGUGUGUUUGUUGUUAGUGUUAGUGUUUAGUAUUAGUCGAUUUAGUCGUGUGUACGCGCUGCGAAAAUCUGAGCAAACGGCACCCACCCUCUCCUGCACCGCUCGCGUUGUCGCCGCCGUCAUCAUCAUCAUCGUCGCCGUCGCCGUCACCCUCGCGUCGCCGCCGCCGUCUUCGCCGACAUCUUUGCUGCCAGUUUUAUUUGUAUUAAUCAUAAAGACAUAAAAUAACAACAACAACAACAAAAGACGCGGAAAUGGAUUAUAUUGUGAAAGCUUACAAGGACUGGAAAUUGCAUUCGCAAUUUCAAGAGAUCGUGCCUGAUAUGGAUGACAGCGAAUUCAUGUUCAACGAAAAACAAUCGAUACGCGACUCCUCACGCACCCUCAAGAAAUAUGGCAGCACCUGCUGCAACAAUCUGAGAAACAAUGAAAUUCUUAUACGACACACUGUGGAAAAGACGGACACACUGCAAGGAAUUUCGCUCAAAUACGGCGCCACGACGGAACAAAUACGCCGUGUCAAUCGCCUCUACGCCUCGGAUAGCCUCUUUUUGCGUCAGUUCUUGCUCGUGCCCGUGGAGAAGACGUCACCCUACAAUUUGCAGGCAAAUGGGGCUGACCUGCUGGCCGAUGCACUGGCCUCGCCGCCCACCACGCCCGAUGUGAAUGUGCAGCGCGAAGCGUUGAACAAUGCAAACAAUUUGAGCCAAACAAAUUGUUACAGCAGCAGCAGCAGCGGCAGCAGCAACAGCUGCAACACCAACAUCUCGUCCAGCUCGUCUAGCACCCGCUCCGGCCAGCUGCACGGCACACCGCGUCCAUAUUCAAUUGCCGGCGAGCUGCUGGUGCAGCCCGGCGAUGAGGAUCCAGCUCUAAUGCUGCACAAUCACAAUGCCACGUGUAGCACCAAGCAGAGCAAGUCCCUGGACUCGGUGGCCGCGAUGACGCCCGAGGAGGAGAAUCGCAAAUGCAUGAAUGAUUUCCUCAACAAGAUAGACAACACGAUAUCCGAGUCGCGCAAAUAUGUUGAACGCUCCAAGGACUUGAUAAAUAGUCAAAGUGAUGUGGACCUUUGCAUCAGUGCCACAACGGACGUGUUUCCACAGCGCCGCAAUCAUCAGUUGAACAACUCCUACAAGAACAACAACCACAAUGGCAGCAACAACAACAACCGUCCGCCGCACCACCAGAGGCACAGCUCGACAGGCAGCGGGAAUUCGGACACGGCGCAGCUUCUCAAUACGACGCAGACGCGUCGAGUGCAAAACUCCUUGAAGCGCCUGGAGAAGCAGCAGGAUGAUUUCUUCGAGUUGUAGCAGCUGAGCGAGGCGCUGCGUAGCAUUAACCAUGCGCUACGACAUUACAAUUAAUUAGAAUUACUGUGCGGAUGAGAGAUAUCAAACAAGAGAGCGAUACGAGAGAAAGUUAAUUUUACAAACUGUUUUUAAAUCUGCGGCGCAGCUCGAAACGCUGCACUAAAUGUAAAUUAUAUAAAUACAA